AUGAAAGGGAGAAUGGAAGCGCUAAAACUGUGCACUCUAACAUGGAACCCACUGAAGCACUUUUUUCACUCUCACGCAUUUCGUCGAACACCUCGAACGCUCGUUAUCCGCGCCUGCUCUUCGUCCACCGCAGCCGAUACCAGGGCCGCUGGUCGUAAUCGCCGGGGCUCGGCGUCGUCGUCCACCACUUCGACUUCCGAUAGGGACGCCAUUCGAGCCAUUCGCUUGAAGAAGGUUGAAGAGUUGAGAAUCAAGGGGCUUGAUCCGUAUGCUUAUGAAUGGGACAAAACUCACGGUGCUAGUCAGCUGCAAGAGAUCUACAUAGAUUUAGCAAAUGGUGAGGAAAAAAAUAGUGAGAGUGACCACGUAUCUGUUGCGGGAAGAAUUGUUGCCAGGAGGGCAUUCGGAAAGCUUGCCUUUCUCACACUAAGAGAUGAUUCAGGGACAAUUCAGCUCUAUUGUGAUAAGGAGAGACUCAUCGGUGAUCAGUUCGAACUGUUAAAGGCACAUGUUGAUAUUGGUGAUAUAGUAGGUGUAAGAGGGACAAUAAAACGCACAGAAAAAGGAGAACUUUCUGUGUAUGUUCUAUCUUUUGCAAUCCUUACAAAAUCUCUGCUUCCACUGCCUGACAAAUAUCAUGGACUAACUGAUAUAGAUAAACGUUAUAGACAGAGGUAUGUAGAUAUGAUUGCAAAUCCAGAGGUAGCAGAUGUAUUCCGUAAAAGAGCAAAGGUUGUAUCGGAGAUACGGAGGACAAUGGAUUCUUUAGGUUUUGUUGAAGUUGAAACUCCAGUUUUGCAGGGAGCAGCUGGGGGAGCAGAAGCCAGACCAUUUAUUACAUACCAUAAUUCUUUAGGAAGAGACCUAUAUCUGAGAAUUGCAACUGAAUUACAUCUGAAGAGAAUGCUGGUGGGUGGUUUUGAAAAAGUAUACGAGAUUGGCCGAAUAUUUAGAAAUGAAGGAAUUUCAACUCGACAUAAUCCUGAAUUUACAACUAUAGAGAUGUACGAAGCAUACUCGGAUUAUCAAAGCAUGAUGAAUUUGGCGGAGGAGAUUGUCACCAGAUGUGCUCUUGGAGUUCAUGGGAAGCUUACAUUUGAUUAUCAGGGAGUCGAGAUAUGUCUGGAAAGGCCCUGGAGGAGGGAGACUAUGCACAAUCUUGUUAAAGAAAUUGCCGGGAUCGAUUUCAAUGAUUUGGGAAAUGAUUUUGAGGUUGCAAAGCGGGUUACUCAGGAUACCCUAGAAAAGAAUCUUGAUAACAAGGAUAAAGGUUCCAUUGAAGCAUGCCGAUCUGUUGGCCACCUCCUUAACGAGGUUUUUGAGAUUUUUGUAGAACCAAAGCUCAUCCAACCUACUUUCGUUCUAGACUAUCCAAUUGAGAUAUCUCCACUUGCCAAACCACACAGAAGAUCCACAGGUUUGACAGAGAGAUUCGAACUUUUCAUUUGUGGUCGUGAGUUGGGCAAUGCAUUCUCUGAAUUGACUGAUCCUAUAGAUCAGAGGGGACGCUUGGAAGAUCAAAUUAGACAGCAUGAAAAGAAGAGGUUAGCUGUUUCAACAAAUGAUGAUAAAAAGGAAGUAAAGGAAGAUGACGAUGACUCGUAUGAAGUGACUCUUGAUGAUGACUUUCUCACAGCUUUGGAAUACGGAAUGCCUCCAGCUUCUGGAAUGGGACUUGGAAUUGAUAGGCUCGUGAUGCUUUUGACAAAUUCUCCCAGUAUUCGAGAUGUUAUCGCCUUCCCAGUACUCAAGGUGCAGCAAUAG